AUGUCGACCUCUCCAGCUCCUGCAACUGCGCCUUCGCAAAAGCGUCCUCUCGAGGAACCCUCAUNNCACCCAACGGUCCCACCGACCAACCCGAUGCCAAGAGACCUGCUCUCGACAAGGUCAAGGACGAAGAGCCUGUCCACGAGGCCGCCCCUGCAUCACCAUCUGCCGCCGACGUCAAGUNCCGAACCUGAGGCUGCUGUUCCUGUUCCUGUCACCGCAGAUGAAGUCUCAAAUGAAGGCCCUGUCGAGUCCCAUGGAGAUACAGUCGUGCUUGACGCUCCCNCUGCUGGAAUGCCCUCAGCCACUCAAGUCCUCGAGACACAGCCUGUCCAAUCCACUGCUGCUAACGGCGCAACUGCUGGUGGCCAAGAUCAGUACUCCGCAGCACAGCAGGAUGAGAGCAACUGGUUGCACAUCAGAGCUAUCAUCUCGAGCGCUGAGGCUGCCACAGUCAUUGGAAAAGGUGGAGAGAACGUCACUCAGAUUCGUCGCAUGAGUGGAGCCAAAUGCACUGUCAGCGACUAUUCGCGCGGCGCCGUAGAGCGUGUUUUGACAGUCAGCGGUCUUGUCGACGCUGUCGCAAAGGCUUUUGGUCUUAUUAUUCGCACACUUAACAACGAGCCCCUCGAAGCGCCCUCAACUCCUCAGUCCAAGACCUACCCUCUGCGCCUAUUGAUUCCGCACAUUCUGAUCGGCUCCAUCAUAGGCAAAGGAGGUGUCAGAAUCCGCGAGAUUCAGGAAGCCUCUGGUGCUCGCCUGAAUGCAUCUGACUCUUGUCUGCCUUUGUCGACUGAACGUUCGCUCGUCGUCCUGGGUGUUGCAGACGCCGUCCACAUUGCGACUUACUACGUUGGUAGCACACUCGUUGAGCAGCUGACCGAGCGCUUCGGAGGCGCCGCUGCUUCAGCCUAUGCUACUCGUAGCGGCGCUCCUGCUGGUGUUGUGCCUGGAGGUAUGCAGGUGGUUCCUUAUGUUCCUCAACCUGCUGGUGGACAGUGGGGACCCNCAGACCACUUCCGUCGCCAGCCUCCUACCCAGCGUGGCCCUCCUCCUGCUGGCUAUGGUAUGCAGCAACAGCACCCUUACGGCGGCGCACCCACUCCUGUGCACCCUCAAGCACCUGUCCACUACCCUGCUGCAUCCCCUAGACAGCCGUAUGUUGGUGCAGGCCCUCAUGCUCCUGCUCCUCAUGCCGCUGCCUACCCUGCUCAGCCCGCCGCUGCAGCAACUGCCGCACACGCAGGUCCUCCUCAGCAGCCCAUGCAAGGUAUGGUACCUGGCCAGCCUCUGACUCAGCAAAUCUUCAUCCCUAACGACAUGGUCGGCGCUAUCAUCGGAAAGGGCGGUGCAAAGAUUAAUGAGAUACGCCAGCUCAGUGGAAGUGUCAUCAAGAUCAACGAGCCUCAGGACAACAGCAAUGAGCGUCUUGUCACCGUCACUGGAACUCAAGAGUGCAACCAAAUGGCGCUCUUCAUGCUCUAUUCUCGUCUUGGUAAGUAA